AUGCGAAAGCCUCUCUCCGAGGUGCUCCCGCCGCUCAUCCUCGGCACGGCCACCUUCAACCACCAGUACCACCCGGACCCGACGCACAUGCCCUACACGGAGAUCGUCGGCCGCGCGCUCGCCCACAACAUCCUGGGCUUCGACACGUCGCCGUACUACGGGCCGUCGGAGCUGCUGCUCGGCGACGCCCUGCGCAAGCUGACGCCGCCGCCGCCGCGAGAGGGAUAUUUCCUCAUCACAAAGGCCGGCCGCAUCGCGGGGGACCAGUUCGACUACUCGCCCGCCUGGAUCCGCUACAGCGUGUGCCGCAGCCUCGAGCGCCUCGCCACGCCGUACCUGGACCUGGUGUACACGCACGACGUCGAGUUCGUGUCGCCGCAGGAGGUCCUGGCCGCUGUGACGGAGCUGCGCAAGCUGCGCGACCAGGGCCUGAUUCGCUAUGUGGGCAUCAGCGGCUACCCGGUCGACACGCUGGCCGCGCUGGCCGAGAUGAUCCUGCGCGAGACGGGCGAGCCGCUCGAUGCUGUCCUGUCGUACAGCCACUUCUGCGUCCAGAACAGCAGGCUGGGCGAGCAGCACCUGCUGGACCGCUUCCGCAGCGCCGGCGUCGAGUGCCUGCUCAACGCCAGCAUGCUGAGCAUGGGACUGCUGACCAGCCGCGGCGUCGACAACAGCCCCAUGGGCGCGUGGCACCCUGCGCCCCAGGAGCUGCGCCAGGCGUGCGAUGCGCUGGCUACGAUUGCCCGCGACGAGGGCGAGCACCUCGAGGAGAUAUCCAUCCGGUGGGCGCUGGAGAACUGGGCGCGCACCGGCUCGCCCUUCGGCACCAAGUUGAUCCCCACCGCGGACCGGGACUCAGUGUCGGAGGCGCGCCUGGGCGUCAGCGUCAUGGGCGUGUCGAGCGUGGCCGAGCUGGAGGAGACGUGGUCGCUCUGGAGCAGCGUGGCCGGGCUGGCGGGCGAGCCGGAGCAGCAGGCCGCGCAGCGCACAAAGAUUGCGCGCAUCGUCAAGGACAAGAUGUGGCCCAGCCUCGGGCGGUGGAAGGACUACGCGUGGGAGAGCGGCGGCCCGUCGUUUGUGAAUGCGCGGGCGGCCGUGGGAAGUGUUCCGCGCGAUGCUGUUAGUGAGAGGUGGGGGUUGAUACCCAGCGUGAGAGACACGCCCAAGAUUUAG